UCGGGGGCACGAAGCCGGCUGGAUCGCAGCGAUCCAUUCGAUUGAUGAGAAAUGAUUGAAAUGAUUCCUUGGAAUUUUUUAUUCGGAUCGAACACCCCUGUGACAUGAUUCUGCCCCCUCGAGGAUCGAGAUAAGCUAUGAGUAGCUCGAACAAAAAGCCUUCGGGCAGUAGAGACGACAAGAAGAAUCCCUCGAGCAAGGAAGACAGCCCUGCGGGUGGCAAAGAUGAUGCUGGAGCCAGUGCAACCGGCAGCAAUGGGGGGAGCAGCGCCGAGCCUCAGCAACCUGGGAGCAAACCUGGAUCUGCUGGGGCAACGUCCAGGGAAGGGGCCCAAAGACUUCUGGGCCUUGCUGCACGCGGCGAAUGGGCCCCGGUUGACCAGCUUCUCAAGUCCCUGGAAAAAGCGGCGCAAGGUGCUGGUGAAGAAGGAAAUCCAACACCGUUAGCCGGCGUCAUGGACCCCACGACUGGCAUGUCACCGCUCAUGUACGCUGUAAAAGACAAUCGAACGGGAUUACUGGACAGAAUGAUAGAUCUUGGCGCUGAUGUUGGCAGUCGAAAUAACGACAACUACAAUGCCCUUCACAUAUCCGCCAUGUUCUCCCGUGAGGAUGUGGUCAAGCUACUCCUCGGCAAGAAAGGCGUCGACCCUUACGCUACAGGCGGGGCCAGACAACAGACCGCCGUUCAUCUUGUGGCGUCUAGACAGACUGGAACGGCAACGUCGAUUCUUCGAGCACUUCUUGCUGCCGCCGGAAAAGAUAUCAGAUUAAAAGCCGAUGGGAGGGGGAAAAUUCCGCUGCUAUUGGCAGUUGAGGCUGGCAAUCAAUCCAUGUGUCGCGAACUCCUUGCCCAGCAAGCCGCCGAGCAACUUCGAGCUACGACACCAGCUGGGGAUACUGCUCUUCAUUUGGCCGCCAGGAGAAGAGACGUAGACAUGGUCCGCAUACUUGUCGAUUAUGGAACCUCCGUUGAUAUCCAAAACGGUGAAGGUCAAACGGCCCUGCACAUCGCGAGCGCGGAGGGCGAUGAAACGCUCGUUAAAUAUUUUUAUGGUGUCCGAGCCUCGGCAGCGAUUACUGACCAUCAAGACCGAACCCCCAUGCACCUUGCUGCCGAAAAUGGACAUGCCUCUAUAAUCGAACUCCUGGCGGACAAGUUCAAGGCGAGCAUCUUUGAAAGAACGAAGGAUGGAUCAACGCUGAUGCACAUCGCGUCGCUCAACGGACAUUCGGAAUGUGCUACUAUGCUGUUUAAAAAGGGAGUUUACCUACACAUGCCUAAUAAAAGGGGAGCGAGGUCGAUCCACACGGCAGCCAGAUAUGGCCACGUGGGGAUCAUCAGCACGCUUCUUCAGCGAGGUGAAAAGGUCGACGCUACGACGAACGAUAACUACACCGCGCUACACAUUGCAGUAGAAAGUGCCAAGCCGUCUGUGGUAGAAACGCUGUUGGGCUAUGGUGCCGAGGUCCACGUUAGGGGUGGAAAAAUGCGCGAAACACCGCUUCACAUAGCGGCGCGAGUACUCGAUGGCGACAGAUGUGCUCUGAUGCUUCUCAAGUCUGGCGCUGGACCAAACCUAACUACUGACGACGGACAGACGCCCGUUCACGUAGCUGCAAGCCAUGGGAAUCUGGCCACUAUGCUGCUCCUCCUCGAGGAUGGAGGAGACCCCAUGUUUAAGUCAAAAAACGGUGAAACACCGUUACAUCUGGCGUGCAGAGGAUGUCGAGCGGACGUAGUCCGUCACUUGAUCGAAUUCGUGAAGGAGAGGAAGGGUGUUGAGGUUGCUACGGCUUACGUGAACAGCGUGACGCAUGACGGAGCAAGUGGCCUGCACUACGCGGCUCAAAUCGAGCCCUCCGAAGUGGCGAACUUGGGUGAUGACCGUGCCGUGGUCCGGGCGCUGUUGGAAGGAGGUGCGGACGUUUCACUCCAGACGAAGCAGGUCCAAGAGACGGCGUUCCACCACUGCGCCUUGGCAGGAAACAACGAGGUCAUGUCUGAGAUGAUAGCCCACAUGUCGACUACCGACGUUCAGAAGGCCUUGAAUCGGCAGAACUCCAUCGGCUGGACGCCGUUGCUGAUAGCAGCACACCGAGGCCACAUGGAGCUGGUCACCAACCUGCUGGCCAACCACGCGAGAGUCGACGUCUUCGACCACGAGGGUAGAUCGGCGCUGCACCUUGCAGCGGAGCGGGGAUACCUCCAGGUUUGCGAUGCUCUCCUGGCGAGCAAAGCCUUCAUAAACUCGAAGUCCCGAGUGGGCAGGACGGCUCUUCAUCUCGCUGCGAUGAACGGAUACACGCACCUGGUCAGGUUCCUCGUGCAGGACUACAGCGCUGCCAUCGAUGUCCUGACCCUGCGAAAGCAGACACCCCUGCACCUUGCCGCUGGCGCCGGUCAACUUGAGGUCUGCAAGCUGCUCCUGGACCUCGGAGCCAGUAUUGACGCGACUGAUGACCAGGGCCAGAAACCGAUCCACGCGGCCGCCAUGAACAACUACUCCGAAGUGGCGCAGUUAUUUCUUCAAAGGCAUCCGAGUCUCGUGAUGGCUUGUACUAAGGACGGGAACACCUGCGCUCACAUCGCUGCUAUGCAGGGUAGCGUUAGGGUGAUUGAGGAACUAAUGAAAUUUGACCGCCAGGGAGUAAUUUCCGCAAGAAACAAGCUCACCGAAGCUACGCCACUCCAGCUUGCUGCAGAAGGUGGUCACGCCGAAGUUGUCAAAGCCUUAGUCAGGGCUGGUGCAUCCUGUGCGGAUGAGAACAGGGCCGGAUUUACGGCAGUUCACCUGGCUGCCCAGCAUGGACAUGGGCAGGUGCUGGAGGUCAUGAGGUCGACCCAGUCUCUACGAAUCUCGAGCAAGAAACUGGGCGUUACCGCACUUCACGUGGCCGCGUACUUCGGGCAAGCCGACACCGUCAGGGAGCUGCUCACCCACGUCCCAGGAACAGUAAAGUCCGAUCCACCAACGGGAGGUUCACUCGUCGGGGAAUUGGGGUCUGAAUCUGGCAUGACGCCAUUGCAUCUGGCCGCUUAUUCCGGUAACGAAAACGUCGUCAGGCUCCUCCUCAACUCGGCCGGUGUCCAGGUCGAAGCUGCAACAACGGAAAAUGGAUUCAACCCUCUUCACCUGGCCUGCUUUGGCGGUCACAUCACGGUCGUUGGGUUGUUGCUCAGCAGAUCAGCGGAGCUUUUGCACAGUGCAGACCGGCACGGGAAAACUGGGCUGCACAUCGCCGCGACCCAUGGUCACUACCAAAUGGUCGAGGUCCUACUCGGUCAGGGUGCGGAGAUAAAUGCGACCGAUAAAAAUGGUUGGACACCGCUUCACUGUGCAGCCAGGGCUGGCUAUUUGGAUGUCGUGAAACUUCUGGUGGAGAGUGGCGCAUCCCCGAAGAGUGAAACCAACUUGGGAAGCGCCCCGAUUUGGUUCGCAGCAUCCGAAGGACACAAUGACGUUCUCAAGUAUCUAAUGGAGAAGGAACACGAUACUUAUGCGCUUAUGGAGGACAGACGGUUCGUCUACAACAUGAUGGUGUGCAGUAAGAACAACAACAACAAGUCGAUAGAAGAGUUCGUGCUAGUGUCUCCAGCGCCAGUAGAUACAGCUGCCAAACUUUCAAACAUAUACGUGAAAUUGUCAGAGAAAGAAAAGGAAAGGGCGAAGGAUCUGAUAGCAGCUGGCAAGCAGUGCGAAUCGAUGGCCACUGAGUUGCUAGCCUUGGCAGCCGGUGCUGACUCGGCUGGAAGGAUACUGACUUCGAUGGACAGAAGAAACGUCGAGUUUUUAGACGUGCUUAUAGAAAAUGAACAGAAAGAAGUGAUCGCCCACACAGUGGUCCAGCGUUACCUUCAGGAACUCUGGCAGGGAAGCCUCAAGUGGAACGCCUUCAGGACGAUCUUGCUCUUCAUAGCCUUCCUCGUGUGCCCGCCGGUUUGGGUAGUGUUUGCAUUGCCUCUGGGACACAAGUACAACAACGUGCCGAUCAUUAAGUUCAUGUCAUACCUCACGUCCCACAUAUAUUUGAUGGUGUUUUUGUUACUGGUCGGUAUAACGCCCAUAUAUCCAGUCGUGCGCGCUAACUUGAUGCCUUAUUGGUACGAGUGGUGCUUGUUGGUUAUGCUUUCGGGACUUUUACUCUUCGAACUAACGAACCCAAGUGACAAAAGUGGUUUGGGAUGGAUCAAACUGGCUGUGCUUUUGUUCGGAGUGUUCGGAGUGGCUUUUCACUUGCUCGGUCUCGCUAGGAUCGUUAAGGAAGUGGAGUGGCCCACCCUGUUGUACCUGCGGAAUCAGCUCUUCGCCAUCAGCUUCCUACUCGCCUGCGUACAGAUUCUCGACUUCCUGUCGUUUCACUACCUCUUCGGACCUUGGGCCAUCAUCAUCGGUAACCUGAUGAAGGAUUUGGCCAGGUUUCUCGCCGUUCUGGCCAUCUUCGUCUUCGGAUUUUCCAUGCACUUCGUCGCCUUGAAUCAGGCUUUCGAGAAUAAGCCGCUUCAGCUAAUCAUUAAUGAUAAUUCAAAAAAGCCUGCGUUUUCCGAUGGUUUGUUGGGCAAUUAUACAGAGUGGAUGACGGACACGCCGGCGUCAGCGCCACCCAGACGCUAUGGGCGAUACAAGAAAAAAAAUGAGUGUUGUGACGAUAGCAGUAAAGAUUUAAAGAUGAGUCCAGUACUAGCCUUCGAGUACCUCUUCUUCGCGGUCUUCGGUCAGACCACUCACGGGGAGCUCAAGGUUGAAACAAACCAGCCCGAAUGGACCUCGGUCCUCUUCAAGCUGGCCUUUGGGAUUUACAUGUUGGUCUCGGUAGUGGUGUUGAUUAAUCUACUUAUCGCCAUGAUGAGUGACACUUACCAACGCAUUCAGGCCCAGUCAGACAUUGAGUGGAAAUACGGGCUGAGCAAACUGAUAAGGAACAUGCACAGAACAACUACGGCACCGUCGCCGCUGAAUCUGCUGACAACGUGGAUUGUGUACUUCAUAAAACUGUGCCGACAGAGGGCUGCGAAACGCAAACGACCCUCCCUCGUACACAUGAUGGGACUUGGUAGGACUGGACGAAUGUCUCCACGGUCCAAAAUGGGUGCGAAGUGGUUAGCCAAGGUUAAGAAAGGCCAGGUGAGGCCAAAAGACAGCGUCGCUUUAUCGGUCGUUCAUCUCAGUCCACUCGGAAGCCAGUUGUCAUUCAAUAACGCGACAAGGAUUGAAAAUGUCGUCGACUGGGACGCGAUAAGGAAGAAGUACUUAGCUCUGACGGGGAACGAGCCGGAAAAAGAAGUCGAGAAGGACGAAAAAGAUGACGAGAAUGAGAACGAGGACGAGAAUGGACCAACGGCUUCUAACGCCUCGACAGUUCCAGCCACAGCCUCCACACCUCCCAUAUGAUAAUGCUCAUCUUUGUUCUAAAACAGACCAUGGGUGAAUAUUUUUCUACCGCUUAUUGGAGUCGAUUUUACACACUCGUGGUCUAAAUAUGAAGAUCGUUCAAUGGGUGCCUUGAGAGUAUUUUUUCCGAUUUUGCGACUGCAUUUCUACGUCUACGUACUUACGCCAAUAUACACAUUCAACGUCCACAUCAAAGAAGUCCUCGAAAAAACUGACUGCCACUUCAUCUUCUCGUCAAAUCCUCUA